AGAAGGAGUGGAUAAUGGAAACACAAUGAGAGGAGGAUGGAGAUGGACACGGAGAGGACAAGGGAGAUGGACAAUGAGGACACGAUGGAGAUGGACAGAGAGAUGACACCGGAGAUAGACAAGUAGAUGACAAUGGAGAUGGACAUGGAUGCAAAGAAAAUUAAAAAUUGGAAGAACUACCAGCAAUUAACAGAUGACAACGGAGCCAUCCAGCCAGAGCUGGGCAGCUGCAUCAACACAAAAAACAGGAUUAACAACCCAUCUGAUGGGUCAACACUGCAACCAGGACUGAUGAUCUCCCAGGAGGGAGCAGCUCACUGGAUCUCUUUUUCUCUUUGCAGGACAGGACAGCAGAGACAGACAAGGAGUGGAUAAGAAAAGAGAGACUGACAAGGAGAGGAUGGAGGAGAUGGACAAGGAGUGGAUAAUGGAAAAGGACAACGAGAGGAUGACAGAGAUGGACAGUGAGAGGACGGAGGAGAUGGACAACAAAGAGCACAAGGGAGAUGGACAAGAAAAGGAUGAUGGGGAUAGAUAUGGAGAGGACAACAGAGAUGGAAAAUGAUGACAUGAUGGAGAUGGACAAAGAGAGAAUGAUGGAGAUGGACAAGGAGCAAGGGAACCCCAAUUCCCAGUCCAUCCAGGCCAACGGCCGGGCCUGCUAAGGCGGCCAAGUGGACGUGCCAUUGGCCAGAGCUGGGCAGCUGCAUCAACAGAGAAGCCAGGAUUAACAUCCCAUCAGCUAGAUCAACACUAGAACCAGGAUUGCUGGAUCAAUGUUGGAUUGUGGACUGACAUCCCGUCUACUGGAUCAACACUGCAACAAGGACUGAUGAUCUCCCAGGAGGGAGCAGCUCACUAGAUCUCUCUCUCUCUCUUUUGCAGGACAGGAUAAAGGAGAUGGACAAGGAGAGGAUAAGGGAGACAAAGAAUGAGAGGACGGAGGGGAUGGACAAGGAAAGGAUGAUGGAGUUGGACAUGGAGAGGACAAGGGAGAUGGACAAUGAGGACAUGAUGGAGAUGGACAAAGAGAGGGAGAAGACAACAGGGACAGACAAGGAGUGGAUAACAGAGACAGACAAGAGGAUGACGGAGAUGGACAAGGAGAGGACAGCAGAGAUGGACAAGAAGUGGAUAAUGGAGACAGACAAGGAGAGGACGAUGGAGAUUUACAAGGAGAUGGCAAUGGAGAUGGACACGGAGAGGAUAAGGGAGAUGGAUAAUGAGGACAUGAUGGAGAUGGACAAAGAGAGGACAACGGAGAUAGACGAGAAGAUGACUGGAGAUGGACAUGGAACAGAACAUGGAGCCAUCCAGCCAGAGCUGGGCAGCUGGAUCAACACAGAAACCAGGAUUAACAUCCCAUCUGCUGGAUCACACUGCAACCAGGACUGAUGAUCUCCCAGGAGGGAGCAGCUCACUGGAUCUCUCUCUCUCUCUUUUGCAGGGCAGGACAACAGAGAUGGACAAGGAGUGGAUAACGGAGACAGACAAGGAGAGGAGGAUGGAGAUGGACAUGGAGAGGACACCAGAGAUGGACAAUUAGGACAUGAUGGAGAUGGAUAAAAAGAGGACAAUGGAGACAGACAAGAAGAGGACAAUGGAGAUGGACACUGGGGACUGAGGAUACAACAAGAAGAGGGUGACAAAGACGGAUACUGAGAGCACGAUGGAGAUGGACAAGAGGGCAACACAGAUGGAUGAGGAGAAGGGGAACCCCAAUCCCAGCCUGCCCAGGGCCAAUGGCUGGGCCUGCAGAGGAGGCCAAGUGGACAUCCCAGAGCAGCAGAGAUGGAUUAACACAGAAACCAGGAUUAAUAUCCCAUCUGCUGGAUCAGUGCAGCAACUGGGAUUGCCAUCCCAUUGUGUGGAUAGACACUAGAACAAGAACUGAUGAUCUCCCAGGAGGCAGCAGUUCAUUGGAUCUCUCUCUCUCUCUAUUUGCAGGACAGGACAACGGAGAUGGACAAGGAGAGGAUAACGGAGACAGACAACAAGAGGACAGUGGAGAUGGACAAGGGAAAGACAAUGGAAAUGGAGAAGGAGAGGACAGCAGAGAUGGACAACGAGAGGAUGACAGAGAUGGACAAGGAGAAAAUGAUGGAGACAGACAAGGAAUGGACAAUGGAGAUGAACAAGGAGAGGAUGACAUAGAUGAACAGCAAGAGGAUGACAGAGACAGACAAGAAAUGGAAGAUGGAGAUGGACACUGAGAAGACAUGUUAAUAAA